ACCAGCGGAUUGGGCAUUGUAUUAUAUCAAAGGCACAAGACAGUGACAAAACGAACUCAACUUGUCUCGUUAAGGAUAAAUUAAGUAUGGCUAACAGGUUUAUACCUCUUUUCUCUGCACAGCUACAAGAAAAUGCUAGUGUUUGUGUCAAAUAUUUUUAUUCUGAAUUCCCUGCACCACUGGAAAAUAUAACAGGAAGUAAAGAAACAAACACCAACUUUUCCCAAACAGCAAUUUUUCUUGCGGUUGGAUUUGCAGUUGCACUGAUAUUUGCUAUCAGUUUUGCAAUCGGCAUAUACAAAAUAAGAGCAAUAACAUUGAGAAAAAGACGGAAAGAAUUGAUGCGCCUGCCAAGUAUUCCAAAAUCAAAAGACUCUCCAUACGAAAUGAAAUUUACCAAUCCAGAGAGUCCGUAUUCCGAUCCUGACUAUGAAAUAAUAGAGGAACAAGAUGAGGGGUACGAACAUUUGCCCGGACCCAGAGAAAACACUUUAACUCCAACAGUCGAAGCUGGUCUAUAUAUAGAUCCUGACAACAAAGACGGGACAUAUUUAGAUGUAGUGCAUAGCGAAAAAGAACCUAAUGAUUACAUUAACGUUUCUCCUUACAUUGAUUUAAUAGAUGAUACAAUUGACGAUGCUCUGAAAUCAGAGGCUGUGGACAUUUUACAAUCAGAGAAUACUGCUGCAAUAAACUUACCUGAGAAAAUGGAAGUGGAAAAAAAAAUAGAGAGUAAUAUUAAUGAGCUAAAAGAGGAUUUUUCCACCAUGAGUGUGAAUAGAUUUUGAAUACUGCAUGAUUGUUUUUUUUUAUUCCGGAUAAAAAAGAUUGGAUGUGAAAAAUUUAAACACAAACUAAGUAUAUAUUCCUUUUUUGUAAAUCUCAGAAGCAAACGUUACAAAUAAUAAGACCUCCAUCUUUUUUAUAAUAAGCUUUAUAGACUGAUUGCAUAAGACUAUAAAAAGAUGAAACAUGUUUCAUGUAAUAAGUGUUGUCGAAAUUAAGACUAACAAACCAAAAUAUAAUUUCGAAAAACUUACCGAAUCAAUAAAUUAUAUGCUAUGUUA